CCUUCGGUGGUGGAACAAACAUUCCUUCGAAUCCAUGGAAAAUUCACGCAGACAUGUUUCCAGUCCCUCCCCUCAUCCUUCGUCUAUCCAGGCCGCGAGCCUCCAAUCAGAUAUGUAGGCGACUUCCUCCCAUCCGCGUCAAGCGCCCCCCCAGGCUCACCUACAGCCUUCCGCCGCCAUCAUCCCGAGAGGAUCAAGCAUCCACACUGAGGAAAUCCCAUGCUAUCCGCGCCGAACCCUAACCUGUCCAUGUCCCAGAACACGCAUUUCCCAGAACACAUCCCGCAUAUCCAUUCCCCUCUCGUCCGCAGCUUCCCCACCCACGCCAUGCUCGCCAACCGGCCCCGUGACAGACAGCCCGAAGCAGCCCACGCGUCUUCUCCGACCGGGCCCUCUCCAAAGGACUCGGCGGCGGCCACGGGCCCGAGCAUCCUUGGGGGGUUUUGUCUUUUUCGGCGGCGAUUCGAACCGAUCGUUGUUCCGUCCACGAUGCGUGUUGGUGGGUCUUGCUUCCGGGCGUGGAUUCCCUCCCAGUUCAUCCGAAACCGACGGAUCGUCGAUGACGCGAAUGGGCAGGACGGAGGACCCGACGAUUGGCGCCCGCAAUGCCGAGCGGUCGCGCUCAGCUCGAAGCCCCAUCCCCAAUCGACCCCCGAUGUCACAAGGGCCGUGAUCCCGACAGACAGACCCCGAAAUCACGACCGCACAUCGUCGGCAAGGGAACCCGCCACACCCAGGUCCCCACCCCGCGACGUUCCUCGAGCCCCCUGUGGUCUACUGUUGCUGGCAAACGAUGCUCGAGGCAUCACAUUGGGCGGCAGAGGAGCGGCGAGCAGACCACGUCAACACAAAGUGUGACCCUCGCCUGUUCAGGCUUGUGCUUCCUGCCUGUGCUUCCUGCCCCGUGAAAGGGAGGGAGUCUUUUGGAACUGGGGUACGAUGUGGCAUCACACACACCAUCCGUCUCGUUCGGAAGAACGGGGAUAGGGGGCGGUACGAUGAUACAUCAUGUUCGUACGACUAGACUCGUAUCUCCUGAUCAGAGAGUGAAUCCUGUGCUGGUCGAUCACGGAAGACGGCAUGAGUGUGGUGCAGCGCGGUACGAGAGUCGCUCCCGGUCGACGAGGCCCUCAUGGAUCAGGAAAGCACGUUUGGGUUGGAGCGAUCGCAGCCGCCGCACGAGCGGGGUGAGAAUUGCUUCCC